UUGCUCCUGAGGUGCUAUAUUGCUGCAAUGAAUACAGGGAGUUUGUUGAGUUUGUUCUCAGCACGUCCACUGAGAUGGAAGAAGAGCAGACGAAGAAGAAUAAACUGAUUGAUAUUAAACCUCAUGAGCAUGUUGGCUCGAAACAGGAACGUAACGCGGCUAAAGAGAAAGCUGUGCAAAGAAUGAGGGAACGUGAGCUUCAAAGAAGACAACAAGAGGCCAGUGGACUACAACAAAACUUCUUUGCAUCUGCUCCCGGUGGUAAACCAAGUUUUAUGAAAAUUCCCGCAGGCCUUGGUAACCUUACUAUGAAGGACAUGUACGAGGCAAAUUUAGAGCCUUCAAAUAUAAUCCUCGACUGUUUGGACACGUGUCCAUCGAGGUCUAAGUGCAGGCAUUCGCCUGCUGUAGCAGCAGAAGAAAAGGGGCUUACAAAUCGGCAGGAAGGGGGUGAAAUUAAAGGUGGGGAGGUGGUUGUUAGGAAGAGAUUGAUAAGUAAAGGUCACACAGUUGCCUGCGAGGCUUAUCAGGUCUGCCAGAUAGCAAGUGAAUAUCUACAGGCAUUAAGGAUGAACAGCGACGUUGCCCGUCAGAUGAAGACUAUAAACUACCAGCUGUCGUCACAGAAAUGUCUCGAGGAAGGUUGGACGUUGCGGGCCCCGUCACCUCUCAUGGAGGAUGCAGGAGACGACGUGUUUACACCUGAACCACUACAUCCGGAAAUGUUAGCAGACGGCAAGUAUGAUUUAGCCCAGGCCUACAGACCUGACUCUGAGGGGUACCGGCGUCAUGUAAGAUUACUGUAGUAAACGGAAUCCAAGUGUUUUUUUUUUUAUAUAUUUUACACAAAGAUGCUUCAUUACACAUAUAUACACAAUAUGAAUUUUUUUUUCAUGUUUUUAGCUUGGAAGUACAGAGUAGAAAGCUUUUAAAUGCAUGUAUUUUUGCCUUUGUGUAUUAUCUGGAUAAAGAUUAGGAACCAAUGUAUAACAUCCCAUUUUGCCAAUUGCAAAGUUCCAUAAAAUAAACAAAAUUAUAUAUUUCCCUGGCUUUUAAUGUUAUUACAUGUAUAAUUGUAUAAAUCAAAAGCAUGUUUAAACCCAGAUGUUAACCCUAGAUUUACCUUGCAAAGAAACCCAGAUUGAGAAAAGUUGUCUGCAGAAAGUGUCUGCAUUGUUCA